AUGUCUGAGUAUUUGCCACAAGAAGUGUUGAUUGAAAUCUUUCUAAAACUACCCACAAAGUCUAUCAUUGAAUGCACAAGUGUUUGCAAGUCAUGGUAUUCUCUUAUUACUACUCCUAAUUUCAUUUCCCUUCACCUUAAAAACCAACAAGAUUACUUACUAGUGAGACAUUGCUCUGGAAAACCAGUGAAAGAAAUAUAUGCUUUAUAUUGUGACAAUGAGAAUCUUGAUCAGUAUGUUCAGUUUGAUUUUCCAUUUGACUGUGAAAGUCAUUUUAAUAUUGUGGGUAGUUGUAACGGGCUCUUGUGUCUUUCUGAUGACCUGUGUCGUUAUUGGGACAUUUACUAUAUUUGGAAUCCAUCCAUUAGAAAGUCAGUAAAACUACCCGAACCAAUUUUUACAUAUGAGAGAUAUGGUCCCUUUGAUCAUACACUUGGAUUUGGAUUCGACAAUGUUGCUAAUGACUAUAAGGUGGUAAGAAUUGUACAUACUGGUGAUUAUCUUGGUAGUGUACCACCUCAUGUUGAGCUCUAUAAGUUAAGCACCGGUGUUUGGAAAGACAUUACGCGUGUUUCUCCAUCUUAUAAGUUCUAUAAGCAGAUACCAGGAGUGUAUGUGAAUGGGGCUUGCCAUUGGGUUGCUUGUAAAGGGAAACGAGGAGAGGCUCAAAAUAUGAUGAUUGUUCUGUUUGAUGUGAAGGAUGAGACGUUCUGGGAGAUGAUGGUGCCGGAUAGUUUAGUUGUAAAGUUUGGGUUUAUUGCGGCUUGGUUCGAACUUUUUGUGUCGGAGGGGUCACUUUGUUUGGCUAAUCGUUUGUUUGAUGAUGACAAAACGAUUGAUAUUUGGAGGAUGAAAGAGUAUGGUGAUUCGGAUUCAUGGGUGAAACAGUUCAGCAUCAGAUUAAGCCACAUUACAUUUAAUGUUGGUGUCGAUGAUGAAUUUUACUCGUUGUUUCACGGUGGUCGUCAGCGUCAGAUUGCUCAUUUCUUGGAGAAGCCAAUAGCUUCAAGGAAAAAUGGUGAAAUUUUGUGGAGGGCGCACAACGGAUUCUUGGUUUCACAUGAUAUUGCGGCUGAAAAAAUUGAGAAUCUUGGCAUUUGUAAUGCCAACUUUUUACCCUUUCAUGAUGCACUUUAUGUGAAUACUUACAAAGUGAGCCUUGUUUUACUUGAUAAACGGAAAGACUGUUUUCCUGGAGACACCUGUGAAGAGUCACUCAAUUUAUGCAAGAGGAAGCCUAAAGGUGGGAGGAAAGUUUGUAAAGGCAACACUAAAAGAGGACUGCAGAUUUUAUCUCCCUUGCGCAUAAGUGGAUUGAUGUACAUUUCAAAAAUGAAAGCAAAGAGGUUGCGGAUGAUAAAACAGAAGAACAGGCAAGUUCAAAGACCUUCCUAG